AUGAUGUCCGCGUCGACGAGCGCGGCCGCGACGGCUGACGCUGCGGUCUUCGACGCCACCGCGGCGGGUGUGGCGAGUCCUCGCGACACGAUCGUCGAUGCCGUGCGCGAGGCGCUAGUCGACGCCUUCGGUGAGAAGUUCCGGGACUCCAGGCCCCUGGUCACGUCCGCGACGAAGCCGGAGUUCGGGGACUACCAGUGCAACGCGGCAAUGGCGCUCGCGAAGCCCCUCAAGUGCAAGCCCCGCGACGUGGCCUCGAGCCUCGCCGAGAAGCUGGGGCCCCGCCUGUCGGCCAUCUGCGAGGCCCCCGAGAUCGCCGGACCCGGGUUUAUCAACCUCAGGCUCAGGGACGGUUUCGUCGCCGCCAAGGUUAAGAGCAUGGUGGGAGACGGCGAGCGGCUGGGCGUCCCGAGGGUAACGAACCCCGAGCGAGUGGUGGUGGACUUCUCCAGCCCCAACAUCGCGAAGGAGAUGCACGUGGGACACCUCCGCAGCACCAUCAUAGGGGACACCAUCUGCCGGGUGCUCGAGUUCAGAGGGCACGAUGUCGUACGGCUUAACCACGUCGGAGACUGGGGGACACAGUUCGGGAUGCUGAUCUCCCACCUCAAAGAAGUCGCACCAGAGGCUAUCGAGGAUGGGGCGGAGGACAAGUUCAACGUGGGAGACUUGGUGACGUUCUACAAGGAAGCCAAGGCUCGCUUCGACGAAGAUGACGGUUUUAAGGAGAUCGCCCGCGCGGAGGUGGUCAAGCUCCAGGCGGGAGACGCAGAGAGCAAGCGCGCGUGGGGGGUCCUUUGCGAGGCGUCCCGCAGAGGCUUUCAGGACAUCUACUCGCUGCUUGGGGUGGAGCUGGAGGAGCGGGGGGAGUCGUUCUACAACGUGAUGUUGCCGGACGUGGUUAGCGACUUGGAGAGCGAGGGCCUUCUGGAGGAGAGCGAUGGAGCCAAGGUAGUGUACCUGGAAGGCUUCGAGUCCCGAGAUGGCACCUCGCAGCCCCUCCUCGUCAAGAAGAGCGACGGAGGCUUCAUGUACUCUACAACAGACUUAGCGGCUAUCCGACAUCGCGUCACGACCGAGCGGGCUGACCGAGUACUUUACGUGGUGGAUGUGGGCCAGGGAAGCCACUUCGCUCAGGUUUUCCAGGUAGCGAGGCGUGCGGGAUUCGCGCCGGAGGGGGUGCAGCUGCAGCACGUUCCGUUUGGGCUCGUGCAAGGCGAGGACGGCAAGAAGUUCAAGACGAGGGCCGGCGAAACCGUUAAGCUUAGCGACCUUUUGAUGGAGGCCGUCCGGAUCGCGGGAGAGAGCAUCCGGAAGAGGCGGGAGGAGGAGGGGGGGGAGGGUUACCAGGCGGAUGAGGUGGAGCUGGAGCGCGUGUCUAAGGUGGUUGGGAUCGGGGCGGUGAAGUACGCGGACCUCUCCAUGAACCGGGAAUCGAACUACCGAUUCAGCUACGCCAAGAUGCUCUCGCUGCAGGGGAACACCGCUCCGUACAUGCUCUACGCCUUCGCCCGCGUGCAAGGCAUCAAGAAGAAGGCGACAGAGGGACUCGGAGACCUCUCCGGCACGGAGAUCAGCAUGGGUACACCGGAAGAGGCAGCGCUGGCCAGGAUGCUGCUCAGGCUGCCCGAGGUCUUGGAAGACUUGGAGGUUGAUCUCUUCCCCCACAGGCUUUGCGACUACAUGUUCGAGCUGAGCUCACAGUUCAACCGUUUUUACGAGAACUGUCCGGUCAACACGGGGGAGACGGAGGAGUUCAAGGGGUCCCGCACCGCCUUUUGUUCAGGCACCGCGGACGUGAUAGAGCGGGGGUUAGGCUUGUUGGGGAUGGGCACCCUGGACCGUUUGUGA